UUGCAUGUUUUGACUGUGUUUUGGUAUGAAGGCUGUAGCCAGGCUAACAGGCAGGGAGCUGAAAGCCUACGCCAAAGCAGGAGCUGUGGCAGACGAGGUGCUCUACUCCAUACGGACCGUCGCAGCCUUCGGAGGGGAAGAGAAGGAAGCUGACAGGUAUGACCGGAACCUUGAGGAGGCACAAACGUGGGGGGUGAAGAAGGGCACCAUCAUAGGUGUAUUCCAGGGUUACCUCUGGUGCAUAAUCUUCCUCUGCUAUGCCCUGGCCUUCUGGUACGGCUCCAAGUUAGUCAUCGACACCAAAGAACUAUCACCUGGUGACCUCAUCCAGGUGUUCUUUGGCAUCCUGAUGGCUGCUAUGAAUCUGGGUCUGGCAUCGCCUUGCCUGGAGGCUUUUGCAUCGGGGCGGGCUGCAGCCAAAAGCAUAUUUGACACCAUCGACAGGGAGCCAGAGAUCGAUUGUCUCUCGGAGGAAGGGCACAAAUUAGAGCAGGUUAAAGGAGACAUUGAAUUCCACAACGUUGACUUCAAUUACCCCUCGCGACCAGAUGUGAAGAUCCUAAAUGACUUGAGCAUGGUGAUAAAAGCAGGGGAGACCACAGCUUUUGUCGGCCCCAGCGGUUCAGGAAAAAGCACCACAGUCCAGCUCUUUCAGAGAUUUUACAACCCUCUGAAAGGAAUGGUGACCCUGGAUGGCCAUGAUAUCAGGAGCCUGAACAUCCCGUGGCUGCGGUCUCUGAUCGGCAUCGUGGAGCAGGAACCGGUGCUCUUUGCCACCACCAUCGCGGAUAACAUUCGCUACGGGAGGCCUGGGAUCACCAUGGAGGACAUCAUCCGGGCCACCAAACAGGCCAAUGCAUAUAACUUCAUCAUGGAGCUCCCUCAGAAAUUUGAGACUCUGGUGGGCGAGGGUGGUGGACAGAUGAGUGGAGGUCAGAAGCAGAGGAUCGCCAUCGCUCGAGCUCUGAUCAGGAACCCCCGCAUCCUGCUCCUGGACAUGGCCACUUCUGCCCUGGACAAUGAGAGCGAAGCUGUGGUGCAAGAGGCUCUGGACAAGGCCCGCAUGGGUAGAACCACCAUCACCAUUGCUCAUCGGCUCUCAACCAUCCGUAACGCUGAUGUGAUCGUCGGCUUUGAGCACGGGCGUGCCGUGGAGCGAGGCGUUCAUGCCGACCUCAUGGAGAGGAAGGGCGUGUACUUCACCCUGGUCACCCUGCAGAACCAGGGACAGGAGCCGGUCACUGUGAGGAACCCAUCUGAAAGUGAGGGAGCAGAGGUAGCUCUUGGGAGGCAGAGGACCCUUAGUAGAGGAAGCUAUGCCAGUUCAAGGAGAUCUCUGCGCUUGCGAUCACGGUCUCAGCGGUCAGAGGACUAUAUCCCUGAUGCCAUAUCUGGUCAACUCCGGAUUGACAAAGACAGAGACAUCCCGGACAUCCCCGAGACAGAUGAGGACGCUGACUCAAAGGAACGUGUUGAACCGGCACCGAUAGCUCGCAUCCUGAGGUACAACCGCACGGAGUGGCCCUACCUGCUGAUGGGCUCUCUCGGAGCGGCCAUUAAUGGCUCCGUCAACCCCAUCUAUGCUCUGCUCUUCAGCCAGAUCCUAGGGACGUUUGGCAUCACUGACCUGGUUGAACAGAGGAAGCAGAUUCAUGGAAUAUGUGUGCUGUUUGUCAUUGUGGCAGUGAUAAGCUUCAUCUCACAGUUUUUACAGGGUUACUCCUUUGCCAAGUCUGGAGAGCGGCUGACGCGCAGGCUGAGGAAGAUGGGCUUCCAAGCUAUCCUGAAGCAGGACAUUGGCUGGUUUGACGACCGGAAGAACAGCCCCGGGGCACUGACCACUAGACUGGCCACUGAUGCCUCCAUGGUGCAAGGGGCGACGGGAUCACAGAUCGGCAUGGUCGUGAACUCGCUCACCAACAUCGGCGCGUCCAUCAUCAUUGCCUUCUACUUCAGCUGGAAGCUGAGCCUGGUGGUCAUCUGUUUCCUGCCUUUCAUCGGCCUGUCUGGACUCUUCCAGGCCAAGAUGCUCACGGGCUUUGCUAACGAAGACAAGAAGGCCAUGGAGGAUGCAGGACAGGUGUCCAGUGAGGCGAUGGCCAACAUCAGGACCAUCGCAGGCCUGGCCAAGGAGGGUCAGUUUGUGGAGCAGUAUGAGCAGCAGCUGGAGGCCCCGUACACGGCCGCCAAGAAGAAGGCCCACGUGUACGGCGUGUGCUUCGCCUUUGCCCAGUGUGUCAUCUUCAUGGCGUACGCAGCCUCCUUCAGAUACGGAGGCUACCUGGUCAGCAACGAAGGGCUUCAUUACAUGAUGGUGUUCAGAGUUGUUGCAGCAGUUGUGACCUGUGGAACUGCAUUGGGGAAAGCGUCCUCUUUCACCCCAGACUACGCCAAAGCAAAGAUUGCCGCUGCCCAGCUCUUCACCCUCUUUGACAGAGUCCCAAAGAUCAGCGCAAACCCUGCAGAGGGGCAGACUUGGGAUGAUUUCAAAGGAGAAGUGGAGUUUGUGGACUGCAAGUUCACGUAUCCGAGCCGGCCGGACGUCCAGGUGCUGAGGGGGCUGGAGGUGGCUGUGAAGCCCGGCGAGACGCUGGCCUUCGUGGGCAGCAGCGGCUGUGGCAAGAGCACCAGCGUGCAGCUGCUGGAGAGAUUCUACGACCCUGACGAGGGAAAAGUGCUCAUAGAUGGGCGGCCGUCGCGUGGGAUCUGUGUGCCUUUCCUGAGGGCUCAGAUUGGCAUCGUGUCCCAGGAGCCCGUUCUGUUCGACUGCAGCAUCGCCGAGAACAUCGCCUACGGAGACAACGCGCGCACAGUCAGCAUGGAGGAGAUCGUGGACGCGGCCAAAAAGGCUUUCCUCCACGAUUAUGUGAUGACACUGCCAAAAACAUAUGAGACCCAGGUUGGGGCCCAGGGCUCCCAGCUGAGCCGCGGACAGAAGCAGCGCAUCGCCAUCGCCAGAGCCAUCGUCAGGAACCCCAAGAUCCUGCUGCUGGACGAGGCCACCUCUGCCCUGGACACAGAGAGCGAGAAGACGGUGCAGGCUGCGCUCGAUGUGGCCAGGCGAGGCCGGACCUGCAUCGUCAUCGCCCACAGGCUGUCCACCAUCCAGUCGGCAGACAUCAUCGCGGUCAUGUCCCAGGGGCUGGUCAUUGAGAAAGGCACGCACACGGAACUGAUGGCCAAAAAGGCGGCGUACUACAAACUAGUCACCACAGGAGCACCCAUCAGCUAAGACACCUGAGGAUUGCGUUUGUUUUCAAAUCUGCCAUCUCUGCAAUCUGUUGAUAAAGCUGUUGUUUACUGUAUAUAUAUUUUUUGGGUUGAAUGAAGACAUAGAUAAAGUAUUUAUUAGAAAAAUGUAUUUAUUUUCUCGGAAUCAGAUGUACUGUGUAUAUUUUAUUUUACUCAGUAGUAGUAGUAGUAGUGGUAGGUAAUCAGCAUUACAAAUCAUCAGCCUUCUGGCACUUAUAAAGGAUAGAUGCAUUACUAAUAACUUUACUGUAAGCCUACACAAUGACCUUUGGACCUGAGUUUUACCUCAUGUUAGGGUCGUCAUCACAGCACUCAUCUCAUCCACUAGAGAGUGCUCUUCACAAAGCAUGCACUUACAUCAGGGGUAAUACCUAUGUGAGCAAAAACAGCAUUCUUUAUUGAAAAGUAAUACUGUACUGUAGUUGUAUGUUUGCAAUGCACAGUUGUAAUUUGUGUGAUGGUAAAAUUGUUUUGUCAAAUAAUACAAUUUUAUUUAAAAAUUGAUAUUGUGAUUGUUAGUGCAGUGCCUCAUAAAAAUUCUCGGCUCAACAAAAUGAAGACAUACCGUUUUAAAGGCAUUAUAAAAAAUGGAAACAGGAAACAGAUAUGUUGUAUGUGUUAAUAAAA